AUGCUGGUUUCUCUCUUUUUCUUCAUCUCGGUCGCGCUAGCCGCGCCGUGUGCCCAUCUCAACAUCCUGGGUCUUGACCUCAUCAAAGAGUACGAGGGCUUUAUCGCCGCCCCGUCCACAGACCCCAUCGGCCACCCAAGUGUCGGGUACGGACACGCCUGUGAGGCUCCGUCGUGUCGCGAGGUUCCCUUCGCCUUCCCACUGAGCAAGCGCGCCGCCAGCACGCUCCUCAAGAACAAUAUGCCGGCCGUGACUUCGUGUCUUGGUGAAGCGCUGGAGCCAGCGCGCUCACACCUCGUAUUAAGCGAUAACCAGUGGGCCGCGCUGGCCAGUUGGGCGUUCAAUGAGGGAUGUGAGGCCGUCUCGUCUUCCGCAUUGAUUGCGCGGCUCAAUGCCGGCGAAGACCCCAACGUUGUCGCCGCUGCCGAAUUGCCCAAUUGGACGACGGGGAAGGAUAGCUCGAAAGAGCUGCCGGGGUUGCGGAGACGGCGAGCAGCCGAGUUGGCCCUGUUCCGAACCGCGUCAAGCCGACAGGCAUUCCCACAGUGCUCUUCGUAG